CACAUAAAAGGGAAGCAUCGCCUUUGCCCUCGCUUCCCAUUAAGGAUUGGCAACUUUGUUGAGCAGGGGUACCUGAAACUGACAGGUACCCGCUCCCCACUUUCGCAGCAAUCACCUAGGCUUUCAGAAGUGGAAGUUGUCCUCCCUCCCCAUUGUCUUCUGGGACACGUGACAGGUCCCAGAAGCCUACAGGACCAUUCACAAAGCGCAGCGCUUCUCGCGCAUGCGCAGUGGGCACCCGGCUGUGAAGCCGCAAGCUGUCACAGCCGGGUGCCCACACUGAAGAUGCCGGGGAGAGAAGAUGGCUGGUGAAACCAGCCAUAGUGAGGACGACACUGCGG